AUGCGCGCACCCGCGUCGCGCCACAGGACGAGCGACCAGAGCGCGUCCACUCACGCGCUGGACGACCUCCUGCUCUCAUCACUACCGUCGCCACUACCACUGCGAGCAGCAGCAACAGCAGGAGAAGCUCCGGUCACGAAGCGACGUGGGAGACGCUGUGGGCAUCGCCGUAUUUCGGUCGCACUUGGGGCACUCGUCUGCACUUUCUGGUCCGUCUUGACGUCCAUCGAACUGCCGAUACGUGUACAGCAUCUCGUGGGCGGUCUCUUGCUCGUGUCAGGCGCCGGCUUUUGCUACACGAGCGCGUGCCACGUCAUGGAACACUUCUCACAGACUGCGCACGUGGCUGAUGGGCAGUUGGACCGAUGGCACAUGCGGCUCUGGUCGAGCGAAAAGGCGCGACGCUGGCUCGAUCGAUGCACGUGGAUUGCGGGUGUUUUGUUGCUGCUCUAUACGGUCUCUCACUCGAUGUGGAUCGCAGUUGGCGGAGGAGCAGCUGCAGCGCUCGUCGUGGCGGGUACAAGCGACUCGAUGGCAUCGGCUGUGCAUCUGUUUGAUACGAAGCGACUGGACGUGGAUCAGAUGAGCGGUGUCCGGAACACAUUGUGGCCGAAGAUCGUGCUGGCGUGUGGCUGUGUGGGCUACAUGAUCGUCGAGACAGGCACAAGGCUGCGAGGCUAUGUCAUGGACAAUAAGGAGACUGACGAGGCACAAGAGACGCCGUGUCAGUUGAUUGAUCACGCCGUGGUCAAUUGCUUGGUGAGUGCACUAGUUGGUGCAUCGCUCCUCUUGGCUAGUAAACGGCUGCCCUGUUUGUGCACACCAGCUCGUCCAGUGGGUAUUGUACUCCAGAGACGCAUUGUUGGAGCUAGAGAGAAUUGGAAGCGGUAUCCGCUGCGGUCGCUAGGCGAGAUCACAGGGACGAGUGGAGUCACGAUGUGGUACUAUAGCGCUUCGAACGACGUGGUGCAGUCUGUGCAGCUCGGAGCUUUCUGUGGCGUGCUGCUCGUCCUUGGUAGCGAAUUGCUGGCCUCCUCCAGCUGGCCCCGAUCUGUGAGUCCGUCAAAUUUACAGGUAGAAGUGAGAACGCGUGCUAGUCACUGGAUGAAGCGCAUUCCGGUAGUUGGGAUGCUAGUGUGGCUAACCUUUCGAGCGCAUGCUGCGGUCGGUCAUGCUGCUAACGUGUCACCAACGUUAUCAGCACUCAUUUUGGUCUUUAUUGUUGCAGCCGCUGUCGCGCUUACGUUUCUCGCGCCGUCGAGCGAGCCGUCUUGGGCGAAACUGCUUCAAUGUGGACAACGAUUGGCGGCCAAAAUUUGCGCUGGCAGUAUCACGCUCAUCGCGCCUAUGGUUUCUCAUGGACCACCGGGAGUGAUAUUUUCCUGUGGUCUAUCCGCUUUCUGCAUUGCUUUUUCAAGGGAACGCUGGGAUGAUAUCGAAUUGAGUGAAGGAGGUCAACCGGGAGAAGCCAGACGCGGUGUACUCGUCUCGCCUUCAUCUGCUGGAACGGGCAGUUCAAACUGGACACAGGGCGCUGAGCGUUCUUGUGGUGCGCAACAGUCAUGGUCUGCUUAUGCCCUGAGUGUCAUAAAAGAGCGGUACCCUCGUUUCUAUAAACGGGUAAAAUGGACGUUUGUGGGCAUCAUGGUGGUAUCAACAUUUGAUUUGUGCUCAACGCUUCUCGCUGUGAUUAACAACAACGGGACCGUGCUUUCUCUUUCGCAAUACUCUGCAAUCAACGUCGUUGUCUCAGCAUCGGUGGGAUACCUGACCAGUCCGGCUCCGUACGAACUGCACCCUGCCGUGUUGCUCCACACGGGAGUGAAACAGUUUAAGAACAAGUGGAACGUGUUUCCGCUUCACAUGUUUGUCGAAACGCUGAUUUCUGCUGGAGUGUUCGUUGGUACGUUUACUGCUUCGUCCACAGCAUUCAGCUCACUCACGCUGGCUGCGCUCUCAGGUAUUGUGGUAUCCGUUGGUGGCCACUCAGUAUGCUCGCGCCUCCAUCUGACCAUUGGCACUCACAUGCGCAUGCAGCUGACUGCCACGUGCGCGCUGCUCUUUUGUUCGUUCUUGAUAACGUAUGCUUCGAUGGUGUCACUGCUAUCUAUUUAUCACUACUUCGAUAGUAUCGAGGCAGCAUUCUGUCUCGCUUCGUUCGCUGGAAUGUUCUUCCUGGCAGCAAGUGAGCUGUUCUUGAUGUGGGGACCAACGCGCGAUGUCGGACUGCUACUCCAGGGCCGGGUUACAAAUGCAAAGAAAAACUGGCAACUGGAGCCGCUGCGCUCGUUCUUGGAGCUUUUCACGUGGUUCGCAGUCAUCUGGGGAUCAUUCGCAAUGUAUGAUGACCUUCUGUUGGCGCUUCAGCUUGGCACAUUCUCAGGAAUUGCAGUUACUUUGUCCGGCGAGUUUUUCCGGAAAAAAACUCGCUCAAAGCUGAUUCCGGGGCGCCUUGCCCUGCCCAUGGAGAGUGAGACAACCACGUCGCCAAUGUCACCAACAAGAACGGUGUGCGGCAACGUUACUGGACCAGAUCAAGCUCGCCCGCUUCCUGUGAUGCUCCUGUUCGCUUACGUUGGCUCAGGCACGUUUCAGUGGAUCUUCGAGAAUAAGCGCAGUCUCGAAGUCACAGUCCUUCUUGCCACCGUCGCAGGAAUAUUUUUCUUGUGCUGUGCCGAUAUGCUUGUACUCUUCAAACCGACGCGUUGGGCGGGAGUGAUCUUGCAGGACCGCUUCAUUAACGUCCAACAAAAUUGGCGCGAGUAUCCGGUGCGAUCCUUCGUCGAGUUUGGCUGCUUUGUCGGUGUUAUAUACGGCAGCUACGCGAUUUAUCACGAUCUGGUCGUCGCAGUUCAAGUCGGCACCCUAUCUGGAAUCGUGGUGACACUCGGUGGAGAGCAAGUGCGAAGUCGUGCACGGGCUUUGCCCAUGAGUGAAUCUGAGGAAAAUGCAGUGGAAAAGGUGCAGAUUCUUCCGCUUCCGGUCAUGGGUCUGCUAGGCCUUGUUGGGGCCGUUGCAUUCAACAUCAUCUAUACGCAUCUUCGCAGUAUCGAGGUUGCGUUUGUCCUUGCUACGAUGAGCGGGGUCAUUUUUGCGCUGGUUGGCGACAUGUUCGUCAUCUGGAAGCCCACACGUAAGGUCGGCAUGGUUAUCCAGGAGCGCAUAUUGUACGUCAAGCAGAACUUCGCCAGUCACACAUGUCGUUCGUGGAUGGAAGUGGUCUCGCUGUGCGGCGGCUGGUACAUCUCCUACGACUUCUUGUGGCCAAGGGAUAUUCUUAUCGCCAUUCAGUUUGGCACUACACUUGGAAUUGUCACGUGUGUUUGUGGAGAGCUUACAAUGGAGUUCGUUGCUGAAACGGAACGCCGCUUGAUGGCGGAUAUCUCAGCCAGACUGGCACACGAUCCACAGAGGAACAGCGUUUUUUUCAACCUGCCGUACGAGAUUCAGUUCAAAGUGGCGUACUUUUUGGCAGCAGAGGAUCUUCUGGUCGCACGCGCGACGUGCCAUAAGGUGAAUAACAUGUUGAAAGCGGAAUCUGCUCGCUUCUGGUUGCACGCGAGUCUAAAACGAACGGUUCAAGAUCACUCUGAUCUACGAGGAUGCUCUCAAUCCCACGGUAUUCGCCAUCGGAUGGAAAACCGCGCUCGCUCACUCGUGUAUGAGGCCAUCACGCUCUUGCUGCCUAAAAUCGUGGGGACCAGAGACCCAGCUCAAGUACUUACGUCCGGCAAUGAAGUCAAUCGUGCACUGAAGUGGGUGUACCUGAAUGCCGACUGGAUCCGGAGACAAAACCUUCCACCGCUGGUGAAAGAAGGUGCUAUCGAAGGCAGUGCGCUCAUCACGUUAACUGCAGGAGAUGUUGCUUUUGACGUAUUCCGCCACAUGCCCGACAAGAGUUCAUUGGGGAUCAUCGUAACGCGCGACGACAACUUUGCCAUUGAACGCAUUGAAGUGCCUAAGGGAGUCUAUGCCACGAUCCAAAGGGACCCGUUCAGCUUUGUGGCUGCAGAGACCCUAUCCACCUUAGACGUGUUUUCGAAUUGGCACUUGACGAUCGUAGCCUUCGCUACGAUGACCCUUAUUUUCAUCGGGCAAUUUCUCAGCGACCUGUUUCGCUCCUACGUCCUUCCAGGUUCGCCUACGUGGUGGGGGUUACGCUGA